UUUUCGAUUGAUCAUUGAAACUGUGUGACAUCGAUCUGGGUGGUGGACGUUAAACAGGAGUGUCUAAGUAAUCCUCUGUUACACGAACGGCGUAUUCAAGUUCUCCUUAAUUUAUCGUAGCAUAAUUGGUCCUGUUGUGAAACAUUUACGGAAUAUUGAUCUCGCGACCUAACCGGCAGUUGGAGCUUGAGAUUUCAUCGUUUGUUGUCAUUUCGUUGUUCAAGUUAAAACAAACCCCGGCGUCCUGCAAGGGAAAUGUUCGAUUGCUCUGUUCAAGAGGACUGCCGCCGUCAAUCAACGCGCGGAGGCGUAAACCUUACGGCAGGAAGGAAGGUAUAUAAAGGGUCCUGCCUCUGGAGUAAGUUGCACAGCAAUUCUUCUUCCGCUCUACACUGGACGUCAGAUAUGAAGAGAAAUAGCGUCACCUGCCUCCUGUGGGUUGUGGUCGGAGUUCUGUGGGGGGGAAAUGUUGACCGGAUGGCUGCAGAAGCUCACGUUCUGAUCUUACCCCAAGAACUCCAUUCCUCCGACGGGUGCGGACCCAAUCCUUUGUCCAUCGUCUUCACAGCUGCCAACGAUCUAGGUCACAUGGCAGCGAGCGAGGUCAUGGCGGUGCUGGAGUCUGACCCCGACACUUGGGGAGAAUUCCUCACCCUCAUUCAUACCUACGACGACUGCAUAAGGGCAGGUCAACUCAGGUACAAGAGAGGAGUUCCAGCAUCCAGAAGGAUUCCAGAGUUGAGUCAGGUCCAGAGUGCUCUGAAAACAGCUCUUAAGAUGCCGUCUUCCUUAUCACCUCCUUCAACCUACAGAUACGGACACGCCUUGGCUAAGGUUUACAGGAAUAACGCAGGACCUCGUCAGUUCCUCCUGCAGAAGUACUCACGACAGGAAGAACCUUAGUGAUGCGGUAGCUUUUCGAGGACCUCGAUCGAAGAAGAUCGCUGUUCUUAUGGACUUCUCCCUCAAAAAUGGAAAUGAUUCGUCAAUGAAGAAAUAUUAUUUAUUUCUACACGACUUACAGCCCUUCUAAU